CUGCGCUAUAUAUAGAAGUCCCCUGUGCUAAACAAAGUUCGCGGUUAAUUGCGCGUUCCUCUGUUGUCGUCUUUUUCCUUGUUUAACAGAAAGCCUAAAAAUACCAAAAUUUCAACGCAAAUACAUCAAUGGAUUGGGUUCGAGGUGAAGCAGUAGGGCAUGGUAGCUUCGGCAAAGUCAAUUUUGCAAUCCCCAAAUUCCACAGCACUCAUCUUUUUCCACCAAUGGUAGUCAAGUCAUCUGCAGCUUCCUCCUCUGCUACCCUCAUUAACGAGAAGUUGAUAUUGGAUGACCUUAACUGUUGCCCCUACAUUAUUCGCUGUUUUGGCCACAGCUAUACAUACGAAAAAGGAGAAAAAUUGUACAAUGUCUUGUUGGAGUAUGCUUCAGGGGGUGCUCUGUCUGACAAGCUCAAGAAUUCCGGUGAUCGUAAGUUGCCGGAGAUUGAAAUCAGAAAAUACACCAGGGAAUUAUUGAAAGGGCUACACUAUAUUCACAAGAGUGGCUAUGUUCACUGCGACAUUAAACUUCCGAACAUUCUUUUAGGCGAAGAUGGCCAAGUCAAAAUCGCUGAUUUUGGGUUGGCGAAGAGAGCCGAAUCAAUAAAAUAUGAUAAAUUGCGAUGUGAAUUGAGGGGUACCCCACUGUACAUGUCGCCGGAAAUGGUUACCGCCGGCGAACAGGACACUCCGGCCGAUAUCUGGGCACUUGGGUGCGUAAUUGCUGAGAUGGCAGCAGGAGUUCCGGUCUGGGGAUACUCUGAUUUAACCCAAUUAUUAAUGAAAAUUGGAGUUGGUGAUGAGUUGCCUGAAUUUCCCAUGAAGUUAUCGGAAGAAGGAAAAGAUUUCCUAGAAAAAUGCUUCGUGAAGGACCCAAGAAAGAGAUGGACGGCUGAGAUGCUUUUAAAACAUCCCUUUGUUGCUGAUCAAGAUGACACUGUUACAUUGAACGACGAAAGAUGCUACAGUAGCACCCCUUCAACAUCUCCUAGGUGCCCAUUUGAUUUCCCCGAUUGGGUAUCUGAUGACUCUGCUGAAUCAUCAGCAACAUGUCAAAUUACGUCUCUGCCUUCGCCGGCGAUUCAAGAAUUACUCAAUUUUAGCGGCGGGUCAUUAUCCACAUCACCGGCUGAGCGACUAAGGGGAUUAAUGAAUGAACUCAGACAAUCUGAAUGGUCCGAUGUUGAUGAGGACUGGGUCAGAAUUCGGUGAUGUCUAUCUCUAUCAAAUUAUUAUUAAAUUGAGUAAUAAAAUAGCCAGAGUAGUAUUUAGAUUUUCAAGAGUACUGAA